GGUUGCGCCGUUGGCUUGCGCCAGUGUUCCUUCCAGUCAGAGGCAGAACCAGCGCUGAGGAGAGCGAACUGUCGUGGUUUUGUUUUUUUUGUAUCCUCGGACGGGGAAGUGUAGCAACAAUUGCUGAGGCAAUGGCGCAGUGGAACCAGUUACAGCAGCUGGACCCCAGAUACCUGGAGCAGCUGUACCACCUGUACAGUGACAGCUUUCCUAUGGAGCUCAGGCAGUUUCUGGCCCCUUGGAUUGAAAGCCAAGACUGGGCUUAUGCUGCUAACAAGGAGUCCCACGCAACUCUUGUAUUCCACAAUCUGCUAGGAGAAAUUGAUCAGCAGUACAGCCGCUUCCUCCAGGAAAACAACGUUCUCUACCAGCAUAACCUCAGGAGGAUAAAGCAGCAUUUGCAGAGCAAGUACCUCGAGAAACCAAUGGAGAUAGCAAGGAUCGUAGCCCGCUGCUUGUGGGAGGAAUCUCGCUUACUGCAAAGUGCUGCAACGACAACACAGGAUGGGCAGGCACCACAUCAUGGUGGCACUGUUGUAACUGAAAAACAGCAAAUGUUGGAGCAGCACCUUCAGGAUGUGAGGAAGAGAGUUCAGGAUCUGGAACAGAAAAUGAAAAUGUUGGAAAAUUUGCAGGACGACUUUGACUUCAAUUACAAGACACUUAAAAGUCAGGGAGAAAUGCAAGAUCUUAAUGGAAACAAUCAGGCAGCUGCGACGAGACAAAAGAUGGCUCAGCUGGAACAAAUGCUCACUGCUCUGGAUCAACUAAGAAGGCAAAUUGUGACUGAAAUGGCCGGCCUGCUGUCUGCCAUGGAUUUUGUUCAGAAGACAUUAACAGAUGAUGAACUGGCAGACUGGAAGAGAAGACAGCAGAUUGCCUGUAUAGGAGGACCGCCUAACAUCUGUCUUGACCGCCUGGAAACCUGGAUUACAUCUUUGGCAGAGUCACAAUUGCAGAUACGCCAGCAGAUAAAGAAGUUAGAAGAGCUGCAGCAGAAGGUUUCCUAUAAAGGGGAUCCUAUUGUGCAGCAUCGCCCGGUCCUGGAGGAGAGGAUUGUGGAGCUCUUCCGAAAUCUGCUGAAAUGCGCUUUUGUAGUUGAGAGACAGCCUUGCAUGCCCAUGCACCCCGACCGGCCCCUCGUCAUCAAGACUGGUGUACAGUUUACUACUAAAGUCAGGUUACUAGUGAAGUUCCCAGAGUUGAAUUACCAGCUUAAAAUUAAAGUCUGCAUUGACAAAGAGUCUGGUGAUGUUGCCUCACUGAGAGGAUCUCGAAAGUUUAAUAUUCUUGGCACAAACACAAAGGUUAUGAAUAUGGAGGAAUCGAAUAACGGCAGCCUUUCAGCCGAGUUUAAACACCUGACUCUAAGGGAACAGCGAUGUGGCAAUGGAGGCCGAGCAAAUAGUGACGCCUCACUGAUUGUGACAGAAGAGUUGCAUCUGAUCACUUUUGAAACUGAAGUCUACCACCAGGGCUUAAAAGUGGAUUUGGAGACACACUCUCUGCCAGUGGUGGUCAUCUCAAAUAUUUGCCAGAUGCCAAACGCCUGGGCGUCAAUCCUGUGGUACAACAUGCUGACUAAUCACCCCAAGAAUGUGAACUUUUUUACCAAACCACCGGUAGGCACCUGGGAUCAAGUGGCUGAAGUGCUAAGUUGGCAGUUCUCAUCUACCACAAAGCGAGGCUUGUCUAUUGAACAGCUCACCACGCUCGCAGAGAAGCUUUUAGGUCCAUGUGUGAGUUACUCAGGAUGUCAGAUUACUUGGGCAAAAUUCUGCAAGGAGAACAUGGCCGGCAAAGGAUUCUCUUUCUGGGUGUGGCUGGACAACAUCAUCGACUUGGUCAAAAAAUACAUUUUGGCUCUUUGGAACGAGGGGUACAUAAUGGGUUUUAUCAGUAAGGAGAGGGAGCGGGCCAUCCUAAGCACAAAACCUCCCGGGACUUUCCUUCUGAGAUUUAGUGAAAGUAGUAAAGAAGGAGGCAUCACCUUCACUUGGGUGGAGAAAGACAUUAGUGGCAAAACCCAGAUCCAGUCGGUCGAGCCGUAUACUAAGCAGCAGCUGAACAGCAUGUCCUUUGCAGAGAUCAUUAUGGGUUACAAGAUUAUGGAUGCAACCAACAUCCUGGUGUCGCCCCUAGUUUACCUGUACCCGGAAAUCCCCAAGGAGGAAGCCUUUGGAAAGUACUGCCGCAUUGAAAACACUGAGCCACCAGAGUACCCGGACCCAGGUAAUACUGUACCAUACCUGAAGACCAAGUUCAUCUGUGUUACUCCGUGCCCACUUUUGACCAUGGACCUGCCUGACAGUGACCUGUUGACAAAAGGAUUUCCCUGGACAAACUGCGGCAAUGCCAGCGACCCGUUUCCAAUGUCUCCCAGCACGUUCGAUACCCUGAUUCACAACGAAGGAGCGGAAGCCAGCGGCGGAGAGCAACUAGGUAACGUUGAGCAUCCCUCAGUGGCUGGUAGACUCGUUCACUCACAAGAAUCGCUGACCCUGGCUAUGGAGUUCAGCUCUGAUCAGCAGUGAGACCAGCGGGGCCCAGUGGCUUCCCCGCCACACAGUAUUUUGAGAAGUUUGUCUUAGAGCUCUGCUUUUACUACUAACUGUAUUUCUUAAUGAUGGUGUAUGUGGCGAUGGUCUCUAUUUAUAUACACAGUACGAUGACGACGAUGACGCAGGGCUUGAAACAAACGUCACCUUUCAAUUCCCAUUUUUUUUUUUUUUCUGUCAGGACGGUAACUUUCAGGUUGUUAAGUUCACUACAACAGUUAUGCUUUUAUUUUUGUGUCAUUAAAAAUCAGCAUUACCUGCCGGGCUUUUAACCCCCCCAACCGAGUGCCCGAAAAGCUGCGCCAUGAGAAGCUGUCAGGCAGGGCCCGAGGCCGAGCACGGGUGCAAGUGGAGACUAGCGGCCUUUUUUUUUUUUUUUUUUUUUUGUUCCUGUCGCUGAUUGUCUGUAUGUAUGUACCUGUACAGAGAUAGCCAACGACCUUUAGGGUAUAGGGAGACGCCUUUUACCAUACGGGCUUGUUAACGAGAAGGGGUCCCAUUCAGACCGACGGUAACAUUUCACAAGACGGCAGGCAUUGAAGAGACGCUCCUCGUCACUGUGUCCGGUUUGGGAAGGCAGGAAGUGUAAAUCGUCGAACUUUGUAAUGGUGGCCGCAGAGUUCAGUUACUCCUAUGAAGGUGGGAGGACCAGUUGUUUUGUUUUUUUUUUUGUAGUUUCUUAUACUUAAGUAUUUUUCUUACCAGGACAGAAGCAUAAAGUGGGGGGCAUCCCAUAAGUCAGCGUGUAGAUCACUUCGGCAGUCAUCACAGCCAUUUUAAUGCUUAAGAGACUUGUGUUGUUUUUACCGUUCGUUUAGUUUUUUUUUUUUUUAAUGAGAUUUCAUAAUGCGGAAACAAGUUUGUGCUUUAAGGCACCUGGUUGGGGUGGGGGGGGUUGUCUUCAUUUUUGCUAAGAGCCCACCCACAGGGUGGCCUUUGAGGCUUGUGGUGCAGAGACAGAGAGCGAGAUCUCCAUUGCCGCACCAUCCCAGUGUAAAGAACACCGGGCCGUGGUGCGCCGUCGAUGGGGGGCGACGAGUGGGCUUCCUGAUGUCGCCCUGAUGUUCUUUAGUAUCCCUUGGGUUUUUAUUUUAUGACUUGACCUUCAUUAUGUACCUGAGAAGGAGUGGAAAUCGAUUCCGAAUGAGUCCACGUUUUAGUGCCGCUUUAGUGCAUGAGCAAAGUUGCCAAAAUAGUCCCCGGGAUUUGAUUGAACUGUUGAGCAAUACGUCGGGUCGAGGAAGGCGGCCUUGCACUUGUGCUGUAACAAACUGCUUGCUCUUUUUAAUAAACUCUGUUCCUCUUA